AUGAGUGUUUAUAAUGAUCAUAAUUGUUCUAAAAAAUACUACUGCUUCUGUAAGGGUUGUGAAAUAGCUUUAUGUGAUAAAUGUAUUGAUUAACAUGAAGAGCACUAACAGUUUAUAGUUGAAAAAGAUUAGUUGAUAAAAUAACUUGUUGAAAGUAAGAAUAAAUAUUACACUUUUACAGAGAAGCUCAUUACAGAUAUGAAAUAGACACUUAUGUAUGCAGCUUCUUUGUUUGAAUUUGAUGUUAAUUAUAUCAACAAUAUGAUUAAACUAUUUGUUGACUAUGAAGACUAGCCAUAAAACAGGAAAAAGCUAACAGAAGAUAUAGAAAAUUUUUUACUUGGAUCUUAUAAAUCAAAAGUUAGUUUAAAUGAAGUCUAUAUUGAAAAUGUUAACAUUAAAAGCUUUAUUAAUCCUAUUAAAGAAUCUUUUUAAUCUAUCUCUAAAAACUAUCUUGAAUUCUAUAAAUCUAUGAGAAAUAUGGAGCUUUUUAAGAUCAACAUCAAAAACAUUAAUUCCAAAAUAUUAAAUAAGAAGAAGAGCUCUGGCAUUAAAAUCACAGAUAAAUCGGAAUUAAUAUAAUAAGAUAUUUUAAAAGGAAUGAGAGUCUAAGAUAUAGUUGAAAAAUACAAUGUUAGUUCAAGCACGGUUAGUAAAUACUUAAGACUAAUGAAUAGAAACGACGAAGACAUGAAGAGCUUCAAAUACUCUGAUGAAUAUAAAGAGCUAUAAAACCUCUUCAAAGAAGAUGAUGCAUUUGAAUAAGAGCUUUUAGAAAAAAAAGAAGCUGAAAAUUUAAAGCUUGCAAAAGCUUCCACAUCUGGUAAAAAAAAGGGAAGAAAAACUAAAAAAGAUAUUUUAGAAAGUACAGGUAAAAAGAAGGUUUGCUCAGAUAAUGGCAGUGAUAACAAUUCAUCAGACUCUAUUAAAAUCAACAAGAAAGAGGAAAAGAACAUCUCAAAAGAUCAAAAUAAAAUGAUUUAGGCUCAAUUAAAUGAACUUAUUAACUAGUAUUAGCCUUAAAUAUCCCAACAAACAUGCUCUUAAAAUAUUUAAGGAUCAUUAAAAUAAGCUGUUUUGUUGCCAAAAGAAAUGAAUUUGUAGCUGAAUUGCAGUGAAAAUCAAAAUAAAAAUUUACCACAAUCAAGCAAUUAAAAUUUUACUAAUCAAACAGUAGAAAAUUCAAUUUAAAAUGAUCCCUGUAACUUAUAAAUUUAAGAUUAGCAACCAAAUAACAACAUUAAGAGUUUAAAUGAUUUUAGGGUAAAUCCUCUCUUAAAAUUGAGAGAGCAAGCUGAUAAAGUUAAAUUGAGUAAUCAUAUGCUGCCUUUUUACUACAAGUAACAUCCAUCUUUAGGGAUAACCUUUAAAAAUUAGCUGAAUUUCUAUUCAAUAGAUGGUAAAAAUAGUUAGUUAGGUUAGUACAAAAUAGAGCAUUCUUCGAUUUACUAAGAUAAUUUUAUUAAAAGUAUUUGCAUACUUUAAUCAAGAAAAAUGAAUAGAGAUAUCAUAUUUAUGUAAUCGAUGAACAAUAUUGUAUUUAUAAUUGAUAGUACCACUUAUAACAUGAAACUCCUAUAAUCUGGAAUAGACUGCUUUGAUUUUUUUAGAGGUGCAGAAAACGAUGGAUAAAUCAGAAUGGGAAUUAUAGCAAAACAAGGGAUUAACAUAGUAAGAUACACUUAUAAAGUUGAAAAAGAUAAAGAAUUGGAUUAAGAAUGGAUUGAUAAAAGAGUUUUAUGUUAAGUAAACCCAGUUGAAUUCUUAGAACUUAAUAAAAUCGUAUUAUUUUUCUCUGGAAAUACAAAAUUUCUUUCUUUUUUAUGUAAAAAUGGCAUAUUUAUAUACAAGUAAGAUAAACAAGACCUAAAAUAUAACAAAGUGGAUUUUAUUCAAGAACCAGGAGUUAUAUUCAUUAAACCAAGUCCUAAAUCAUUUAAAAUGAGUAACAAUGUAAAGUAUAAUUUGUUUGCAGCCUCUUAAUCUUAGCUUAUUAUGUAUUCAGCAACUUAAAAUAUAUGUGAGAGAAUAUCCCUUUAGAGGGCAAAUGAGACUAUCAAAGAUUUUGUUGUGACAUAUAAUUCGAAGUUAAAUAAAGAAUAUGUAGUUGUUUCGUAUUCAAGAAAUAUUAUUGUAAUAGUAGAUAAAUAGCUUGGGAAAAUUGAUGUUAGCACAGAAUCUGAUAUUAAGAGUAUUUAAGUUUUUUGGGUGGACACAACUAUGCAGCUUUGCUACUAGACAGUUUAGGACGAUGCUAUGAAAUUUAAUAUUGAAUAUUUUGAAUUUUGA